AGCACACCCACAGCUUCUGGGAUACCGACGGGAAGGAGUACACCCACAACUUCCGGUAUACCAAAUGGAAGGAGUACACCUACAUCAGGAAUUCCUGGACCAUCAGGAAUUCCAGGAAGAAGUACGCCUACAUCAGGAAUUCCUGGACCAUCUGGUAUUCCAGGAAGAAGUACGCCUACAUCGGGAAUACCUGGAAGGAACACCCCAACAAAAUCAGGAAUUUCUUCAGGUAUUCCAGGAAGAACUACACCAACAUCAGGCGGUAUACCUUCUGUAAUAACACGUCGUACAUCACGUCCAUCACGUCCAUCUUCACCACUUACAACCUUCUCACAUGGAAAUUAUUUGGCAAAUAAUAGUAAAGAUACGGAAGCUAUGGAAGAUGAAUUGAUGCAGCUUCGAGCAUCAUAUGCUGAACUUUCACGAAAAUAUGCAAAAACUUCUGCCGAGCUUGCUAUGCAUCAAGAUAAUAAUCCCGACGAAUUACAUAAUCUUAAAGGACCUGUAAUUGAAGAAUAUGAAAAAUCAAUAUCAUCACUUGAAAGUAAUUUAGCCAUGACAAUUGCAGCAUUAACUCAUGCCGAGAAUGCAUUGAAAGAAAUUGAAGAAAGAAAUGCUAUGUUGGAAAAAAACCAAGAACAAACAAAGAGUCUUAAUAAUAACUUACAGAAAUAUAUUAAAGAACUUGAAUCAAAACGUGAUACUGAAACAAAAGUGGUGACUGCACGUGAAGAUCAUUCAGAAAAAUUUGUUAGUGAAGCUGUGAAAGUACUUGAAGAACGAUUACGCGAUCGUGAGGCUGCUUAUAAAGAAUUAGAAGAAAAAUUAAAACGUUCUGGUGUAGAUCAAGAAAAACAUGUACUUUUGAAUAAAAUCGAUAGUAAAGAUAAACGAAUUAGUUUUCUUGAUAGCAAACUUACUCAACUUGGUGAUGAAGUUGAUAAAUUAAGAAGAUUGGAAAAUAAACAAAAUUCAAGUACAAUGAAUUUUUAUAAUAUGUCGGAAAGAGAUCAAUUGACCAUCAAAUCUCUUGAAUCAAAACUUCGACAAACUGAAACAGAACUUGAUGAAGCAAAAUUAAAAUAUCAAGAAUUACAAUCAAGGUUAGAUAAUAGUUCAGAAUUCACGGCAACGCCUAUUACACCCAUGACUCCUAUGACACCUGCCACACCACAUAAUGAAUACAAUAAUAAUAAUAUAAAUGGUUCAACAAAGCUUGGUGUACAUCGAAAAGCAAAAUCUUUAUCAGCUGAUCUCAAAUCAGAAAAUCAUUCUGCAAUUAUUGAAAAACUUCAAUUUGAGUUAAAAUUAUUCGAAUCUUUUAAUAAGGACAAACAACAAAGUUUAGAUGCUGUUAAACGUGAAUUGAACCAUUUAGAAAUAGAUUAUCAAGAAACAUUACAAUUGGUUAAUGAUCUUCAAGAAGAACUUAAAAAACGUGAUGGUAUAUCAAAUUCAGAACCAGCAAACUCAUCUAAUUCUCAAUUACUUCAAGAAGUUGAAAAACUCAAGGAGAAAGAAAAACAACUUUUACAGAAUAUCGAAGUACAUGAAACCGAACAUAAAAAACAUGUAGAAGAAAUUGAAAGGUUAGAAUCAAAUAUUCGUGAUCUUCGUAAACAAAUGACCGAAGAAACUUCUGAUGAUAAAAAUGAAGAAUUAAUGAUAUUACGUGAAUACGUGGCUAACAACAAAGAUUAUGAAAAUAUCAUUAAACGACUUGAAGAUGAGCUUCGAGAAGUUAAAGAAUCGCAUAAUCAAGAGAAGAAAUCAACUACAUCAUCAAAAGACAAUAGUAUUACGAAUAAUGAUGAAUCUUCGGCUGAUAAACUUGAACAAAACGUUGACGAAAAUGUAAUAGCAUUGGAAAGUACCGUUAAAAAUCUUGAAAAUAAACUUUCUUCUCUCAACUUGGACAUUAAAAACAAAGAUAACAUUAUUGAAAAAGAAUUGGAAAAUAAAGGGUUAUUACAAAAGCACCUCAAAGAUAAAGAAACUGAGGUAGCUAUUCUUACAAAACAAUUGAUGGAUCUUAGGAAACAAGAUGAUGAUGUGCAGAGGAGAAUGAAAGAGCUCCAAGCGCAAUUAGGUAGCGUCAAGGAAAUCAAUAAGUCAUUAGAAAGUGAUUUGGAUAAUAUUAAGAAUGAAUUGAAAGUUGUAAAAGAGAAUGAAGCUCAAGCACUUGAACAAUUACAAGUACUAGACGCUGAAGAGUUGAAACUUCAACAAGAAUUGGCGCAAUUACGCAAUACAGAAAUAACGCAACGAGAACGAAUUGCUGUAUUAGAAGCUCAAUUAUCAGAGAAAGAUAUCGAACUCCAAUGAAAAUGAAAUAAAUGAAACACUUGUUAAACUACGAAAGGAAUUAUCGGAUACUAAAUCAGAAAUGGAAUCACAAAAUGAAUUAUUAACAGAACUUGGAAAUCAAUUGACAACAACCGAAAAAGAACGUGAACAAUAUUCCGAACGUAUUAA